AUUCAAUGAACCGACAUAAAUAUUAUGUAUGUACAUUAGAAACCCAGACUGAAGUAGAUUUGAAUUUGACGCGAAUUAAAACGUUGUACGAAGGUAUAAUAACAACAACGAAAUCCCAAAAAGUGAAGCAUAGUAAAAAUGAGCGAAUCGAGACAUUCAGACGACGUCGCCAAUUCGAGAAUUUCCAUAGGAUUUUCAAGAGACAGAACCAUGACAGAAUGCGAUAAUAGUUUAUCAGAAAGUGACCAAAAAGCAUCAUCAAUAGAUGCGGAUAAUCCGGACGAUGUGGUUAUUUCUGGAAUUUCGGGUACGUUUCCAAAAAGUGAAAACGUCGAAGAAUUCAAGAGAAAUUUACUAGCAGGAAAUGAUAUGAUUUCAGCAGUAACGAGGUUCACUACAAAAGAAUCAAUCGCUGGAAUAAUCGACGAUGUCAAUCGAUUCGAUUAUUCUUUUUUUCGGAUGUCGAGUAGUCAAGCCCAAAACAUGACUAUUUCUUCAAAAAUGAUACUGGAGAAAAGUUUCGAGGCUAUUUUAGACGCAGGCUACAAUCCUGCAGAAAUAAAGGGUAAAAAUAUCGCAGUUAUCACUGCCAUAUGGGAUUUAAACGACGAAGGAGAUCCGGCAAUGGAAAAAAAUCCGGAUGCUUACAACGAAGUGUUCGGCGGAAUGGAAUUUAUGCUCAGUAACAGGAUUUCCAAUGUUUUGGAUAUUCAUGGUCCUAGCUAUUGCGUCAACACAGCUUGCUCAUCAUCUUUAUAUGCCAUUGACGCGGCCAUCAAAGCAAUUCAAAGAGGACAAUGUGAAGGGGCGAUUGUAUGUGCAUCAAAUUUUUGUCUUAAACUAGGAGAUAAUCCAGUACUUACUCCGUAUCUCAGUACCUCGGGGAAAAGUUCGCCGUUUGAUUCUAAUGCCGACGGUUACGUUCGAGCCGAAACAGUAGCUGCAGUCUUUCUGCAAAAAAGAAAUCACGCUCGAAGAGUUUAUGCGAAUGCCAUUCACUCAGCUACCAACUGCGAUGGAUUCAAAGAGGGUGGAAUGGCCUCACCCUCCGUCAAACAACAAAUAAAAUUAUAUGAACAAUGUUACAAAGAGAUGAACCUGGAUCCAAGAAAAAUUUCCUAUAUUGAGGCUCAUGGUACAGGAACACAGGCAGGAGACAUUGCCGAGGGAACGUCCAUCAAUGAGUUUUUUUGUACCGAGCGUGAAUCCCCACUGAAAAUAGGAACAGUAAAAUCGAACAUGGGCCAUUCCGAAGCGGCAGCCGCAGUAUGCGGUUUAAUUAAAAUGAUCAUUGCUUUUGAAUCGGGGAUUAUUCCUGUAAAUUUAAGAUAUAACACACCGAAUCCAAAAAUCAAAGGUUUAAUCGACGGACAUCUCGAGAUUGCUUCAAAACCUAUCCCUUUGGAAGGCGAAUAUUUCGCAAUAAAUGCUUUCGGAAUUGGAGGAUCUAAUGGUCACAUGGUUAUAUCACCCAAUAAAAAAAUCAAAAAUAAGAAACACGAGUUGAAUGAGAAAAUACCAUUUCUGGUAACUGCUUCAGGUAGAACCGAGGAAGCAGUGAAUUGCAUUUUGAAUAACGCAGAAAAAAAUAGCAACGAUCCUGAAUACAUUCGGUUGUUACACGAAGUUUUCAAAUACCAAAUCGGUGGUCAUCAAUACAGAGGUUAUACCAUCAUACAAAAAAAUAAACCACAGAAGAAUUCCACCAAAUUCUUUGCAGGUGAAAAUCGACCAAUAUGGUUCAUUUUUGCUGGUUUGGGAUCACAAUGGACCGGAAUGGGGAAGUCAUUAAUGGAAAUUCCUAUUUUGGCCGAAUCUAUUCGAAAAAGUCACCAAUUUUUGAAACCAAAAGGACUCGACUUGAUAAAAAUCAUCACGGAUGACGAUCCAAAAACAUUUGAUAACAUUUUAAAUUCAUUUGUGGGAAUAGCAGCCAUUCAGAUUGCUUUGGUAGAUUUGUUAACAAAGCUGAAUGUACAACCAGAUGGAAUUGUGGGUCAUUCUCUCGGGGAACUGGGAUGUGCGUAUGCUGAUGGAUGCUUUACAUCUGAACAAAUGCUGUUGGUAGCGUAUUAUCGUGGUUUAGUUUCAAUAGAGACACCUUUCAUACAUGGUACAAUGGUAGCUGUGGGUCAAAGUUACGAUGUCAUGAAAGAUAUUGUUCCUCCGGAGAUUGAAAUAGCAUGUCACAAUAGUCCAACCAACUGUACCUUAUCAGGUCCAACCGAAAUCAUGCGAGAGUUUAUCAAAGAUUUAAAUGAAAAGAACAUAUUUAAUCGUGCGGUAAAAACCUCGAAUAUCGCGUACCAUAGUCGUUACAUAGCCUCCGCCGAGUCAAAGUUUUUAUCCUACACGAAAGAGGUGAUUCCGGAACCAAAACUACGUUCCAAGAAAUGGAUUUGUACAUCUGUCCCUGAACACAAAUGGGAUAACGAAGAAGUUAAAUAUUCUUCUGCUCAGUACCACACAAAUAACCUACUUAAUCCAGUAUAUUUUGAAGAAAGUCAUCGAUACAUUCCUGCUAAUUCAAUAACCAUCGAAAUAGCACCUCAUGGUCUCCUGAAUGCAAUUUUGAAACACUCUUUACCAAACACCGUGGAUAACAUACCGCUAUUGAUGCGGAAUAAUGAGAAUAAUGUUGAAUACUUGUUGAAUGCCUUGGGAAGAAUUUACGAAGCAGGUUGUGAGAUCGAACUUAGCCCAUUAUAUCCGCCAAUUGAAUUCCCAGUUAGCAGAUCAACUCCAAUGAUAUCUCCAUCGAUCAAAUGGAAUCACGAUCAGGAAGAAUAUGUUGAUGAAAUGAAUACGGGAUUUUCUCAUACCAGCGAACGAACAUUCGUAUUCCACCCGAAAAGUAAAGAACACGAAUACAUCCAAGACCACAUUAUUGAUGGUAGAAAUAUAUACCCUGGUUUCGGAUACUUGUGGUUAGUUGUCGAAGCAAUUGCAUCGUUGAGGAAGAAACGAAUUUCUGAACUUUCUAUUGUAUUUGAAAAUGUUCGUUACGAAACAGCGAUGAUCAUUCCCCAAAAAGGCGGUUUGAAUUUUCGCAUCUUGAUUCACGAUCUUAGAAAUCAUUUCGAAGUAAAAUGCAAUGCUGCCGUAGUAGUAACAGGAAAGGUAAGAGUGGUUGAAGAUGUUCGCCAAGAGGUAUUCGAUGUGAUACCAUUCAAAGACGAAAUUUCGAAUUCUGAUAUUCUACCUUUGAGCAACGAUGACUUCUAUAAAGAGCUCAGAUUACGAGGAUACGAUUAUAAAGGAUUAUUCAGAGGUGUUCAAUAUGCAAAUUGCACCGGUACCUAUGGAGAAGUAUCUUGGAAUGACAAUUUUGUAACAUAUAUGGAUACAGUGGCCCAACUCACCCUUUUACAAACAGAUUGCCGAAAUCCGAUGGUCCCUACUUCUGUAGGCAAACUUGUCAUUGACUUCAAAAAACAUUAUGAAAUUCUGGAAUCAUUGGAUGAGAAAAAUUGCAGAAUUCCAGUCAAUUUUUAUCCAUAUUAUGGACUAAUGUGUACCGGAGGUGUUCAAAUGAGCGGCUGGAAAAGCAUCGAAAUUAACCGUCAGAAAAUUCGUACUAAUCCAGUACUGGAGAAAUAUCAAUUUGUGCCUCACAUAAGUGAUGAAAAAAUGAAUUUAAAAUCAGCCAUCAGAGUUUGUGUUCAAAUGGCGUUGAAAAACACUCAAUCAAUAAAAGCAACAACUUACCAAAUACUUGAUGAAGAUUGUAAUCCCGAGGUAACUUCGAUUUCUGCAGCAAUCGUGGACGUUUUGAAUGAUUUGCAAUCUGUUGAGGCGAACGUCAACAUUUUGAGUAAUUCAGAAAAAUUAAAGGGAAUUGAAGAAUUAAAGGAAAUCACGAUAUCAAAUGAAGAGCUGCCGAUGAACAAAACCGCCAUACUGAUUAUUCUAGAAAAUAUUCAAAAUAAAACAGAGCAAUUGAAAUCAAUAUUGGAUACGUUGAGAGACGAUGGUUUUAUCAUCACCAAGGAAUCAAUCGAUGAAAGCAUACCAUUUAAAAAUUUGGGAUUUUGUAUUAGCUUCAGCCGAAUUAUAAAUGAUUUUGAAAAAAUCAUCUUGCUCAAAAAAACAGUAAAAUAUGAACAAAUAAAACAAGCAAUCCAAUUAAAAAACACGUCGUAUUAUUGGGUAUCUGAAAUCCAAAACGCUUUAUCAGCUCUUGACCUCGAAAAGAAUGAAAAAUUGGUUGUAUAUGCCGAAAAAGAGCGAACUAAUGGUAUAUUAGGAUUUUUCAACUGUUUAAUGAAAGAAGAAAAAGAAGCCAACGCCAGUUGUUUUUUCAUAAUGGAUAACAACGCGCCUUGUUUUUCACUGGAUGAGCCAUUUUACAAAGAUCAGCUUGAUAAGAAUCUACGCCAUAACGUUUAUAAAGAUGGAAAAUGGGGAAGUUAUUACCAUUUAACGCUAGAUCUGGACAGCCAUGUAGAAUCCAUUCAUGCAUUUUGCAUGUUGGAAGAACAUGGUAAUCUAUCAUCAUUCAAAUGGGUCGAAGGCCCUCUGAAUCCCUCAACAUACAAAAAUGAGAAUGGAAAAUCUCUCGUUCACGUUUACUACAGUGGCCUCAAUUUUAAAGAUGUUUUCUUAUCGGUAGAAAGAAUCCCCACCAAGGAUUCAGCUUUACUAAGUCGUUUAAAUCAGGAUCACCCAGGAAGAGAAUUUUCUGGCAAAGAUGCGAUUGGAAACCGCUUGAUGGGAGUAGUAUGUGGUAGAGGUAUUUCAACAUUAGUUGAAACAAUACCACAUCUUACCUGGAGGGUGCCAGAUAGUAUGACAUUAGAAGAAGCAGCCAGUAUUCCACUUGUAUAUGCCACAGUUGUUUUUGCUUUCUUCUUCAAGAUGAAUUUGAAAAAAGGGCAGUCCAUUCUCAUACAUUCAGGCAGUGGUGGAAUUGGUCAGGCAGCCAUUAAUAUAUGCCUUCACUACAGAUGUAAUAUCUUUACAACAGUUGGCACUUCAGAGAAAAAAGAAUUCAUUAGAAAAACAUUCCCUCAAAUUCCAGAUAGACAGAUUGGGAAUUCGAGAGAUACAUCGUUUGUAAAAAUGAUCAUGGAUGAAACAAAAGGUAAAGGAGUCGACGUGGUUUUGAACAGUUUGGCUGAAGAUAAACUACGAGCAUCAUUACGCUGUGUAGCCGAAGGUGGCCAUUUUUUAGAAAUAGGAAGAUCUGAUAUGGUUAAAAAUAAUUCAUUAGAACUGGGACAUUUCUUGAAUGACAUCGUGUUCUACAGCGUGCAAUUAGAAACUGUAACACGGAGUUAUAACAAUGAAACCAGUACGGGUAAUAUUAAUCAAAAAUUACAGCAAAUGCUCGAUGAGGGUAUCAUAAAACCAAUCAACAGAACAAUUUUUAAAACAGAUGAUGUAGAAUCCGCUUUCAGGUACAUGGCCUCUGGAAAGCAUAUUGGGAAAUUGGUAAUCAAAAUACGAGAUGAGGAGAAAGACAUUUAUGCUAAACCAACUACAUUAUGUUUGAGAGCAAAUCCUCGAAUCACAUGUCAAGGAAAUAAAUCUUACAUCGUGCUAGGAGGAUUAGGCGGUUUUGGAAUGGAGUUAGCUGACUGGUUGGUGGUACAAGGUGCUCGAAAUAUCGUAAUAAGCUCUCGAACAGGAAUAAAAAAUGGCUACCAAUCGUACAGAAUACAUUUAUGGCGCGAAUAUGGCGCCAAGGUAGUAAUAUCCACAGCAAAUAUUUCCGAACAAUGGGGUGUGAAGAGUUUACUGGAAAUGGCCAACAGCUUAGGUCCAGUGGCUGGAAUAUUCAACCUCGCAGCGAUUCUUGAGGAUAACCCUUUUUCAAAACAAACCGAGGAAAAGUUUGCAGGUGUCGCUGAUCCAAAAGCCAUUGCGACAAGCCAUCUUGACCAACUGAGCAGAAAAAUGUGUCCGCAUCUGGAACACUUCGUCGUUUUUUCCAGCAUAGUUAGUGGUCAUGGAAAUGCAAACCAAUCAAACUAUGGUUUCGCCAAUUCUGUCGUUGAAAGAAUAUGUGAAACGAGGCAAGCUGAUAAUUUACCAGCAUUGGCCAUACAAUGGGGAGCUAUAGGAGAAGUAGGAAUGGUUUCUGAAAUCCUUGAUCAUGAUUUAUCCGUCGAUUUUGGAGGAUUAAUGCAACAAAAUGUCAAAUCAUGUCUGGAAAUUUUACGCUUAUUCAUGAAACAACAAAAUCCAGUUGUGUGCAGUAAGAUUGUUGCAGACAAAUGUAGUAUUGAUGCUGAUAUUAUAAUAACAGUAGCUAACAUAUUAGGAAUCAAGGAUCUCAAAACAAUAAGUCUCACGUGGACUUUACCCGAACUAGGAAUGGAUUCAAUCACAAGAAUGGAACUAAAACUAAUUCUUGAAUCAGAAUUUAAAAUUUUUUUCACCUCAGAAGACUUGUUGACAAUGACUUUUUCAAAAUUAUAUCAAUUGAAAGAAAAUAUAGACCGAAAGUCGGAUUCAUCACGUACAGCUCUCAAGCCUUCGGUGCAAAUACGCCCGCAAAAUAUUGAACAACUGUGGAAUGAACCUGUUCUUCAGAUACCGUUUUCCAUUGAAAACAUUGAGCAGCAACAACCAAUCGAUGGAAAUGCAAUGGUUUUCAUAUUUCCAGGAAUUGAUGGUCUAGCUUUGGCCAUGGAAUCAAUAGCAGAAAAGUUACCACUACAAGUAUUAUGUUGUCAGUAUCAUUUUGUUAAAACAGAACAUUUGAUCUCAGAAACUCGUGAUUAUUUUUCGUCAUACAUUUUGGAAAAACUUGGACCUGAACAAGAGUUCAACUUGAUCGCCUACAGUUUCGGUGCAGUGAUAAGUUUGGAGGUAGCCGCAGAAUUAGAGAAACGUGGUAGAACAGGACGCAUCUGGUUAAUAGACACCUCACCCGCAUUUAUAAAAACGGCGAAUAUAAAAACUUUUGGAGAGAAUGUCAAUUCAGCAGACGAAAUACUUCAAAAUACCAUUUGCAUGCGAACUAUACAAGCAGUACUACCCAGUUUGUCCGAAAACAGUUAUAUGCAGCAAAUAGAAACGACUCAUAGUCAAGAAUUGAAAAAAAAUAAGAGUUCUGAGAUAUUGGCUUCAGUAAUAAAAAGCGAAAACCUUCAGAACCUUUUACAUAAAAUAAUUGAUAACAUGUACAUCACGUACAAAGAACUAAUAGAGUAUGAACUACCGCACUUUACAUUGGAUUCAAAGUGUACCUUGAUAAAAUGCGUCGAAAAUACGUUUGAAAUACCUAUAGAUGAACAGUAUGGACUAUCUAAGAAUUUCAAAAAUCCGAUACAAGUGUAUAGAAUUCGUGACGUGGAUCAUUUUACAAUUAUAAUGCAUCCAAACAUAGCAGAAAUUAUAAUGGAAUCUGGAAAUUGGAAGAAAAAUUAAAUGUAGGUAGCGGGACAUGGGUGUUGGGUACCUCGGUAUAGUUUUUUUUUCUGUAUUUUUCAUCAUGCGAAUAUCCUUCAAUAAAUGUAUGAUCUACGGAAA